CGUCCCUGAUGUCGUCUCACCAUUCGCCCACUGUCUCGCACUUGACUUGAUCCAUUGACCCGCUAGAUUCCGCCACCUAUAUAAAUUCCAUCUAUUCCCUUUCUCCUCCUCAAUCCUCUCUCAUAUUUCCAUUUCUUACCUGUCUGUCAAUGGCUUAUCUCUUCACUGAGUUAACUCGAUGAUUCAAUUGAUUUAUCCUUAAUAUAAAUAGAUUCUCUCCUUCUAAGUUAUUUUUGCCGUUACUUUUUCGAUCUGUUUCUGUUAUUGAUUGAUCUGGAAGCUACAAAAAUUAGGGUUUUGCGUGUGUUAGGGUUUCGAAGAGCAUCUCCAUAAUGCCUUCGGAGCUCACAGAAACGAAUAAGCUUCCAUUAGUGCCUACUUUGUCACGUUUUAAUAGUGGAUUGUGUUCUCAUCGUCUGAAACAUCUUGAAAAAAGUGAUCGUCGUGGUAACCUUAGUUAACAUUAGCUUUUAUUUGUUUUAGUUCUUCUCUAUCUUGUUUAAUUAUCUAUCGGCUUUGCUUUUGGUUUUAUCUUCAUUUCGUUGUCCGUACGAGGUGUCGGCGAUCAGUUUGACUGAGAAAGGUUACUUUUUCUGAUUGGCGUUGACGUUGUAUAAGUUCUGUAUCAAACUUACUGGUUCCUUGUCAUCUAUGGACAUCGGCUUUUUGUGUGGUGAGGAAAAAUCAGAUUCUUCAAGUAAUUUAGUAAAAAGCCUAGACAGCAACCUUGGUGGAUCUUUGCAAACUCAGGAUUCUUGUGAACAUAAUACAUCUGACAGAGAUGGUAUCGGUGAUGUUGGGAAGGGACUUGAAGAGCUGAAACUGGAUGAGGCUAAAUCUAGUCCAAAGAUCUUGCACAAGUGCCCUGGUUUUCCCUCUCCUGUUAAGAUUUCAAAUUCUGCUACUUCUGAUGAACAAGAUGAAGAUGAAGAACUUAUGAUAGCCUUGCAGCAAAUGUUCUCUGAAGAUUCUACACACGUGCCCUCCUCUCGCUCACCAUCUUUGCCUACUCCUUUUAAGCUUGUGUCUGCUAUGAAAGGCAGCCGUGAGAGAGAGGGUGGAUCACCAAGGAAACUGACCGUGAAGUGGGCCCCUGAUGUGUAUGAUCCUCCACCAACAAUAGUAUCCCACACAGUUAAUAGAGGCAGGAAGCAGCAGAAGUUCAAGAAAGACGAAAGAAAGAAACAGAAAAAUGGAAAGAAAGGGCAGAGAGGCAACUCUUCACAUGGUAGCGGCAAAGACAAGAGGCAAUUCCGUAAAAGUGCUGGGAGUACUGACAAGGGUUUCAAAUCAAUGGACAUUCGUGAUAGAGUAAUGGAGCUUUCAGAUGACCUCAAAGACUUUGAUGUCGGUGGUCGCGAAUCCUACUGUGGCAGCAUUUUCCUCAAACAAUCGCUCAGCAAGGUGCAUUACUCAGUUGCAGAGGCAUUAUGACCUAAAACUCCCUUCCCAUUUUCAUUUCCUGUUCUCAUACGCUUGUGUAUAAAUAAGAAUCAAGGUUUUUAUUUCUGAUUUGUCUGCUUCGUAAGCUGCUACUGUUUGCUGUUGUGCUGAUGGUGUGUGUGGAACCUAUUAAAAGAUUUUAAUUGUUUGUUGUGUGCUGUGUCCUGUAAACAGCAGUGUUUAGAACUUGCCGUGUAUAUAAAAAUAUUGAUAACUGCUUAA